UGUUCCAUUAUUGCUUUUGAAGCUGAAAACAUGGGCUACUCAUUUAAGUUCCACUGUUGCAUUGUGUCGAUCAUGGUGCUAUUUUCUACACUCUGUUACUCUCAGGACGAUUUCGUUAAGUCCAGAGCAACUUACUAUGGCAGCCCUGACUGUUUAGGGACUCCAAGAGGAGCUUGCGGGUAUGGAGAAUAUGGAAGGACCGUGAAUGAUGCGAAUGUGGCUGGGGUUUCGUACAGGCUCUACAAAAAUGGAGCUGGCUGUGGUGCUUGCUAUCAGGUUAGGUGCACAAACCCUCAACUCUGCACAGAUAAUGGGGUGAACAUAGUGGUGACCGACUAUGGAGAAGGAGACAACACCGAUUUUAUCCUCAGCCCCCGCGCUUACGGUAGAAUGGCACAGUCGGACAAAGCGGGCGAGCUGUACGCUUAUGGAGUAGUUGAAGUCGAAUACAAGAGAAUCCCCUGCCGCUACGGUGGUUACAAGCUGCAGUUCAAGGUUCAUGAACAUAGCAAGUACUCCAAUUACUUGGCCAUUGUGAUCUUGUACCAAGCCGGCAGAACCGAGAUCCUUGCGGCACAAGUUUGGCAGGCGGAUUGUAAUGAGUGGAUAGAAAUGAGGAGGGCGUAUGGGGCGGUUUUCGACACGACGAGUCCGCCAUCAUCGGGAUAUGUCAGUUUUAGGUUCCAAGUGAGUGGCAGCGCCGGGGUGUAUUGGGUGGAGGCAGCAAAUGCGCUCCCCAGUAACUGGGAAGCUGGAGUUGCUUAUGAAUCCGAUGUUCAGCUUGAAUGAAGCACCGGAAUUGUAUUUUGAGAA